AUGGCCGCGGAGGAUUUGUCGGAAGGCGGAAUGGCCGAUAUCAUCCACGCCCUGCAGGUCAUUCAUAACCCUGCAUCAUCAAACGAGAUUCGACAAAAUGCCUCUCGGUUUGUCGAAGAGCUGAAGGAAACCGAAGGCGCUGCACGAAAUGGCUUUCUACUCGCUUCUCGUACAGAGCAUGAGCCUGUGGUGCGAUACUUCGGCCUGACUCUACUGGAUCACGUCCUACGAAAAUUGACAUUCUCUACCCCCGAAGACGCCACAAACAUUCGAUCGAUGGUUUUACAACUCGCCGAAAAUGUUCGACCCGAAGAUCCGUCAUAUUACCGCAACAAAAUCCCUCAACUGUGGGCCGAGGCCGCGAAAAAGAGCUGGGGAUUAGAUUGGAUGGACAUGGACGCUACACUAGUUCGAUUCUGGGGUGCAUCCCUUGUGCACAAAGAACUGGUACUUGCUGUUCUUGAGACCCUCUCCGAAGAUAUUUUCUUCCGCGAAGAUGUUAUCUCGUCUUUGCGGGGAGGCGAGCUCAAUCGGUCGCUCAUUGAGAUCUUUACUCCUGCGACCAUCCUUGAACAAAUCACCUCUUCGGAGAAAAAUACAACUGCCGCUUUGCGCUGCGGGCAGGAGGGCUGGCUGGUUCGAAUCUGCGCGUUUCUCGAAGACUGCGUUCAGAACGUCUCUAGCUCUGAGCAGGCUCGAGAUGCAGCCGUAAAAGCCCUGGCAACAUUAAGAUCCGCCCUGUCUUGGUCUGUCUACCCGGCAGUCAUUGCUUCCCAGGUUGUUUCCAGUAUUUUCAGAGCUCUGCCUUGUCAAGAUGACCAGGUUCUUCUUGCUGCAAUUGAAGCGCUUCAUGCGCUCUAUGGCAGAAACACUAUCGGCUGCGAAGAAUCCCACGGUCUCGUUUGUCUGAUCUUCGAUCCCGAAUUUCUCCUCGUCUUACAGAGGCUUUACGAGUGGUCAAUCGUGGGCCCAGACGACAUUGAUGAUCCCAGAUAUUUGGUCUCUAGAAAGGUUUCCGAAAUGGUAUCAUAUAUUGCUGGAUGCCUGGACGAUGAGAGGUUCUUGCGUGAUACUAUGAAUCGUCUGAACCUGCCCCCAUUUUUCCAGUUCAUGGUCAAUAUCAUGCAGCACCGAAGUCUGACUGUCUCCAUACCCUGCCUGCAUUUAUGGUCCAAGUUGCUACAAAUCUCGAGAAUCAACAGGAUGGACUUUGUGAUCGAGCAAACGCCACAGUUCCUUAAUAUUUGCAUCGAGCGACUUCUGCGCUGGGAAUCUCUCCCAACCAAUUCCGAUGAUCCCACGGUGCAGUUCUUGAUCGAGGAUAUCGAUACAGCCCCUGAACGACACGCCUUUGUCGGUAAUUACCGCAGAUAUUGCUCUUCAAUUAUUGAAACCAUUACAUUGAAGCGACCUCAGGAGGCAGUCCGCGAGAUUCUUGCCCGGGUGGACAGCAAUCUUGAUAAUUUGUAUAGCGGCGGUCCACGAUUCAGCAUGGCAACGUUCAACAAAUCCUCCAUUCCUCUCAUGCGAGCAGAUUCUCAAUUUGCAGUUGUAGAAGCCGUCAUCAAGGGCUACAAUAAAUGGGUGUCCGCACAUGGAAAAGCACCUCAGCAUGAUGAGUCGAAUCGAAUUGAAUUAGAGGAAGCCAUUGAGAACUGGGGCUCAAAGUUAAUGACAAGAACUUAUGAGGACCCGGUUCUGAAGCAGAGAAUCAUCAAAUUGGCCGUCGACAUUUCCUCAAAGGCUUUGGACAACCACCCUGGAUUCGCACUCAAAGUCCUGGAGCACAUUCUUAUGACGCGACUGCCAGAUCAUCCCGAAUAUCCAAUGUACUCUGAGGCAGUUAAAGAACUUCAUGGUCUCGCAAGCCAUGAGCUUCGUCGCUUGGCUAUGCGUUAUGCAGACUAUUUCUUUACUUUCUAUGACCUCCUUGAGCCGAAAAUCAAAGAAAUUACCAUGGCGAACCGCGUGGAUGACAAGCUGCAGAUGGAGUUGACUUCCAUAUUGCUCAUCAUCAUGCAACGCGCAAACAAGGUCGAUCCAUAUUUACGACAAAACCGACUCGCAUCGUUCCUUGAACCUAUUAGAGCUGCGUGGAAUGAUGAACAAUUCCGUCAUACCAGCUCUUCUUUCGCGGGAUUCUGUAACAUGCUUGGUUUGGAAAACGUCGGCCCGUACAUGCAGGCCAAACAAGCACAGAAGUUACCAGACUGGUCGGUCAUCGAGUUGGAUAACGAAGGAAAGCUUGUCCAAGAAGAGAUGACCAGAAAAUUCCAGCUGUUGCCUUUGCGUGGCACCAAGACCAUGUUGGCUGUUUCCACUGAUCGACUCAAAAAGAACUCCCCGGCCUAUUUAAUUUCUUGUGAGAUGUGGCAUGAGCUUAUCCCUUUGAUUCUUCCAACUUUGCUCCAGCUUGUCAGCCACGCCCAUGCCUUCCAUAACCCCGUCAAUUGGAAUAUGGUUGACGGCAUGCAACCAGUGGUCGAACGAAUUUUGACAGAUCGGUUUUGGCAGGCCGGUAUCUCAACCGGCAGCCGUGACGAGUUCUAUGCCAGAAUCACAUCUUCAAAGUCCACACUCGAAGGGUUUGCAUCAUCUGUUCGAGGAAAAGUCAGGGCUGUCCGCGAAGCAUGCUAUUCAAUGUUAUUUAGCAUGAGCCGGAUGCGAGAGCACUUCUAUGGGUUUGCGGAACUUCCGGGGCCCCUGUCCGAAGCAUUGUUCGUUGACUCAGCCCAUCUCUCAUCUCAUCAGUUUUCAGUUCUCCUCAACAUCUCCCGCUGUUUGAUCGACGACUGCCCCGUACAAUUCCGCGCUCAAUUUUUGCCACCUAUGCUUUCCACUCUGUUCACCAACAUUGACCGCAAGAUCACCACGGAAUGGGAAUUCAUUGAACAACGUAGGGAUGGAAGUUCGGACGGAGAUCUCACUACUGAGAUGAAGUCUGAAAGUGUCCUUCGGCAGUUGACUUAUACUGCUGUGAUCAUGGUAGCCAGUCUAUUCGAUCCGCAGAGAGGCGGUAAAGAUUCCCGAAUUCAUCAACCACCCCAGCCUUGGAGACACCCGACACUAACGAAGACCCAAUUGGAAGACCCAGAUGGAAACGAAUCAGACCCCAGUGCAGCCCAACCGGUCCCGGAGCUCUCCGACUCUAUCCGCCAUUUCGUCUUAUCUUCCCCGGCGAUCUUUGAACCCGUCAUGCUCUUCUGUACGCAUGCUCUUCGCAUGCGUGAUACGCGUUGUUGCAGCAUUAUUACACGAGUCAUCCGGUCAAUCCUGCAGGACUUCGCACCUAGUUCUACCGUUGAAGACACCCCCACCAUUAGCACUAUCCGCGAAUUCAUCUGCUCCGAUGUCCUCAAAGCAUGCAUUACAUCUGUGCAUGAAUCAUACUUUGUCGAUAUGCAAAAAGACUUCGCUCAGCUAAUUGCAUCAAUAUGGAUUCUCUACGGCACCUGUAGCCAUACGCCCCGCAGUAUCUUCUUGAGUUUGCCAGGAAUCACUGAAGAGAAAGUCGCUCAAACAGAAAACUCUCUCCAUCGAUCGACUUCCCCACGACAGCACCGGGCAUUGGUUCUUGAGCUUCUGGAAUCAUUACGGGGCAUCAGCAUUGCUGAACAAGGAAAAAUUCUGGGAUCUCGAGAGGACCGCCGCAAAGCGCGCUCGGCAUUGCAGGAGAGGUAUAUGACCAAUGAGAUGGACUCUCAACAGCAAAGCCGCGGCGUUGACAUCAACGAUGGUCCCGAUCUUGGCGGAGUUGCUGAUUUAUUCGGUUAA